GAGAGGCCGGAAUGGCAACGCACUACAGUUCUGGCCAGUAUGAAGACGCCUACAUUGCCCGGAAUUUGCAGAACUGGAACCUUCCUAGAGUUUCCAAAGAGCAUCCUUCUGCCCGGGAAGGUUACACCCAAUUUAUAGCCAAUGACAGAGGACACCUGCUCCCUUCGAUCCCGCGCUCCAAGGCUUCCCCCUGGGGUACCUAUAUGGGCACAUGGGAUAUGCCACUAAAGAUCCCUCCGGCCAAAGUGAACCUCACGACCCGCUCCGUCAACGCGGCUGCCCAUCUCACCGAGUGGAUCAGCAAGUCCACGGCCCUGAGCAACGCCUGCAACGGCUUCUGCCCCCAAGUCACCGGCAAGCCAAGCGACCCCCCGGCACGUAUCGCGAAGGAGACUUCUGCCAAAGGAGGUCAGCCCUCCACCAAGGGUUCCGAGUGUCCCAGUUUGGCGGGGGAAAUGCCUGCUGAAAAAGAAACUGAGCACAGGGGAGCUACCACACCCAAGGGUCCCCUCUCCCGCCAGCCCGGUUCUAUUGACGUCCGGCUGAAAGAAGACUCUUCGCCUGAUACCCAGGCCUCCCAGCAGCUGGAGGCCAAGGAGCAAACGAGAAAAAGAAACAGCGAGAUUCCCAUCUCCCGCCAGCCAGGCUCCAUGGAUGUUCGUCUGAAAGAGGCUGCAAGCCCUAAAAUCCCUAGCCCAAACCGCCCCAGCUCAAGAGAGUCCAUGCCCAGGAGAGCCGUCUCGGCAGACGCCUCGCCAGCGGGUUGGCCCAGGUCAGCGGAAGGGAAACCCAAAGGUGUUGCCACCCCUGAGCUAUUGGCUUCGUACCGCACGGGGUCGAUGGAAGCCAAUCCCAGAAGUGGCCGUUCACCCGAGGCUGUGCCGUCCAGCCAGCCUUGUAACAAAGGGCAGACACGGUUCAGAUGUUCGGAAGAUCCCGAAGGAAACAGAUGUGGAUCGGCGGGAAAGGGGAGGCCUCCCUCUUGCCUAGAAGAACAAUCCAGUUAA